CAUUAGUAGACAGAGCCGUGUACGGGGAACAAAAUUGUAGUCUUACACAAUAAAAAUUAUGGAUGGGAAAAAACGUGGAAAGGCACUUCGAAAACCAAUUUACAAAUUCCAAAAGGUAGCGCGCAUCACAAACAAUGGCUACCUUAACUUCUUGAUGGUAUAUAAAAAGGCGUUCUGCGGAGUUUCCACAAAAGACAUGGUUCGUUUCGGAGCCAGACAGUGGAAUCAGUUGACCCUCAAGGAAAAGCAACUCUUUAAAAAUAUGAAAGAACCUGUGACCGUUAGAAAAAGUGCUCCUCAAGAGUUUGAGAGUCAGUCCCAUGGGGAAGGCCCCGGUAAAUCUGAGCGGGAGAAAAGCAGUCUAGUUCGCUCUCCUUAUGCCCGUGAGAGGGAGUCCAGGAACAAAAUGGAAAGGAAGAAAUCCCAGUCCAUCAAGCGCAGGGUCAAGAAGAAAGCCAGUCCUGUCCUAAGGAAUAGGGAUUCAAGUCCUUGUGAUCAGCGGUGGCCUAUAUUCAUUUUAUGCGCAAGUUUCAAGCACUAAAUUCUCAUUUGCCGGGUCCUGAUCUACUAAACAAGGCAGCUCGUGUUUGGUGCAUUCUGACUGAAAGUCAGCGCAAACUAUUCGAUCUAAAUUUAAAGGUUAAUAAAAGAAGUA